CGCAGAAUACAGCAUAUCAUACAGCCAAUACCAAGCCGUAGUUGAACAGUAAUUAUGUAUAACACAUUCAUACGGGUGGCCUGAUAUGAAUAUAAUAAAGUGGCUUAUUUAAUUUUCAAUUGCAAUUAUUUCUGAACGAAGUGAUGUUAUUAUUAAGUUGUCUCAAUCUCUAAAAUGUAUAUUAUCACGUAAUAUACCGAGUUACAGUUAAUAAAGAUUAGUUUCAUAGGUAUUAGUUUAUUUAAAAUUUUAAAAAUGUUUAACUACAAAUAUCUCACUAGGGAACACCUAGAAGGCUUCGAUAAUUACAAGUAUAUGGCAAAAGACACAAGUCCCCUAAGUGUUUAUGUUAUGCAUCCUUUUUGGAAUAAAGUUGUAGAGCUGGUACCUAGAUGGGUCGCACCAAACGUGUUGACAUUCGUCGGCUUCCUUCUCACAGUUCUUGAUUUCGUACUCCUGUCAUACUAUGACUAUGAUUACUCCGCUGCGAGCACAUCGGUACAAAACUUGACCAGCCCUGACCAGCCUUUGAACGGACAUCCUGAAGUCAUACCACAGAAGUUGUGGUACCUACUCGCUGCAUUUCUCUUCCUCGCUUAUACUUUAGAUGGUAUCGAUGGCAAACAGGCGAGAAGAACGCAGACAUCUGGACCUUUAGGGGAACUUUUUGACCAUGGUCUGGACUCGUAUUCUGUUUUCUUCAUACCAGCCUGUCUCUAUUCAAUAUUUGGAAGAUGGGAUUUCUCUAUACCGCCUAUUAGAAUGUACUAUGUGAUGUGGAAUCUACUCCUCAACUUCUACCUGAGCCAUUGGGAGAAGUACAACACAGGGGUGCUCUUCCUACCCUGGGGGUAUGACUUCAGUAUGUGGGCAUCGACCCUCUUAUUCGUAUGGACAGGUGUGCACGGCACAGGGUAUUACAAGCGGUACAUAUUUGGCUCUUACACCCUCGCCAAUGGCUUCGAAUGGCUCAUUUAUGGCACGGGAAUAUUCACCAAUCUCCCAGUCGCAUUGUAUAAUACUUACCGAUCAUACACUCUCCGGACAGGCAAGAUGCGUUCAUUCAGUGAGGCAUUACGACCGUUAUGGUCUAUCCUCGCAGUGUUCACAGUGACCACAUUCUGGGUACACAAGUCUCAAGCACUACCGGAUUAUGAUCUCAGAGCUGUUUUCUUACUAAUAGGAACUAUAUUCAGUAAUGUUGCGUGUCGUCUAAUAGUAAGUCAAAUGAGUGGUCAACGUUGUGAGGCUGUCAAUUGGUUAGUAUGGCCGCUGUGCGCGUGCGCGGCCCUCGCCGUCACACAACCUAGCUAUGAGGCAACACUACUGUAUACGAUGACUGCUCUCAGUGUUGCCGCACAUCUACACUACGGUGCUUGUGUUGUACGGCAAAUGUGCGAUCAUUUCAGAAUAAGCUGUUUCCAUAUAAAACAACGUUCAGAUUGACUCUUAGAUGACAAUGCGUGCUAAGAUGACAUGACACACCGUGACAUAGUUGUAUUUGCUAUGACAAAAUCUGACCCAGUCUCAAAAUAUUACUCACAGAUAUAGCUAACUUAGACCAUCCUAAGAACAUAGACAAAUCAAUUAAUAUAACGCAUACUACAUUUCAAUAAGAAUAUAUAUUUGAUAUAAUAGUUUUUCUGUCAGUUUUUGU